AUGAUAGCCGGGGCCAGGCUAAUCGCGCCGGAAAUGCUGGACGCGGAAGUGAUGUCGGGUCUGCGCAGUCAGGUGCUUCACGGGGAGAUCGAUGAGGCCCGGGCGCUCACGGCGCUGGCCGACCUGGCGGCCAUGCCCGUUGAGCGAGUAUCGCACGGCCCGCUAAUCCCUUUGGCCUGGCCGUACUACCAGAACGUGACGGCCUAUGAUGCGCUGUACGUUGCCGCCGCCCGGGUUUACGACGCCGCGAUACUCACGUGCGACGGUCAUCUAUCCCGCGCUCCGGCCGGCGUGCUCGGCGUGGCGGUGCGAAACGUCGACGUUGGAUGA